AUGAUUACCGAAUCGCACAGCACAGCUAACGGCAAUGACUUACAUGCGCCUGGUGGCCGGCCAAUGCAGAAAUUUCUGGUAGACACCAGGCUCUCUGCAAGAAAGAAACUCCUCGCUUUGAGUCUCGAACAAAAGGUUUCAUUGCUCACUACUGCGGACUUUUGGAGGACAAACGCCAUACCCGAACACAGCAUCCCAGCCAUCAAGACUUCAGACGGCCCAAAUGGAGCUCGGGGUGCUAUGUUUAUUGGUGGCACCAAGGCCGCUCUGUUUCCCUGUGGGACCUCUUUGGCCGCUACUUGGAACAAAUCUCUUUUACGAACCAUCGGAGAGCAUUUAGCAGCAGAGGCUAAGGCCAGGUCAGCAGAUUUAUUGCUUGCGCCAACGGUGUGCAUGCAUCGUCACCCCCUUGGCGGCCGGAACUUUGAGUCCUUUUCUGAAGACCCCCUCCUAACAGGAAAGCUGGCUGCACAGUACAUUCAAGGUCUCCAGGAAAAUGGUAUUGCAGCUUCAAUUAAACACUUUGUUGGCAAUGAAGUGGAAACAGACAGGAUGAGUAGAGACUCUAUCAUCUCAGAGAGAGCUCUGCGUGAAGUAUAUCUUCGUCCCUUUGAGAUUGCCAUUCGGGAAGCACAGCCUUGGACGGUCAUGUCUUCGUACAAUCUCAUUAACGGAGUUCAUGCUAAUAUGAACUACAAAACGCUCAAACAUAUCUUACGAGGAGAAUGGGCCUACGAUGGAACUAUCAUUUCGGACUGGAGCGGCAUCAAUUCCACUGUCGAAUCCCUACGAGCGGGUUGUGACAUUGAGUUUCCACACUCAACAAAGUGGCGAUUUCACAAGCUUGUUGAGGCUGUGAAUGAGCACCGAAUUAGUAUAACUGAGAUCGACAGAGCUGCCGAAAAUGUUCUCUGUUUAGUUGAGCGCGUUAAACCAAGCGCGGAUAUGUCAACUGAGCGACCUGAGGGGGAAGACGACCGCAAAGAAACGCGCCUACUUAUUCGCACAGCAGGACACGAAGGGCUUACACUACUGAAGAACGACGGAGUUCUCCCAAUCUGUCCCAAGACGACCAAGAUUGCAGUCAUAGGACCCAAUGCCAAUCGUGCAAGUGCUAACGGAGGCGGCAGUGCCAGUCUGAACCCGUACUACAAUACUCUCCCGCUGGACAGCAUCCGUCAGGUUACCGGAGAGGUGAAGUUUUCUCAAGGCUGCUCGAUCCACAAGUGGUUACCAGUGGCUUCCGAGUACUGUACGGAUAGCGCUGGCAACCCUGGCGUCGACAUUGACUGGUACGUUGGCGACAGCUUUCACGGCAACGCUGCGGUUACUCAGCAUCGCAACCAUACAGAUUUGUUCCUCUGGGACUCGGCACCUAUUGACAAAGUCGGUCCAGAGUGGUCAGCCAUCGUAAAGACCUCUCUAACGCCCAUCGUGUCUGGCAAGCAUUCCAUCAGCUUCAUGAGCGUUGGCCCUGGUAAAUUGUAUGUCGAUGGUGAGCUCGCGCUCAACUUAUGGGAUUGGGCAGAUGAAGGGGCAACAAUGUUUGAAGGAUCAAUGAAUUAUGUUAUCGAGGUUGAAAUGCAGGCAUCUAAGCCGGUGCAGCUUAUGGUUGAGAUGACAAACGAGUUGCGCCCGCUGGCCAAGCAAAAGCAGCUUGGGGUCACGCAUAAGUUCGGCGGCUGUAGAAUCGGUUUCAAGCAGCAGGACAAGGUUGACUCCAUCCAAGAAGCUGUUGACCUAGCUCGGGUUGCCGACGUUGCCAUUAUCGUUGUUGGUCUCGACGCCGAGUGGGAAUCAGAGGGCUACGAUCGUGAUUCAAUGGAUCUACCCGAAGAUACCCCGGCAUGGCUCACCUGGCCCGGAGAGAAUCUCCGUGCCGUGUACGCAGAGGGUUUGUAUGUUGGGUACAAGCAUUACGAUCAGAACCGUAUUGAGCCACUAUUUCCAUUCGGCCAUGGCCUCUCUUAUACAACAUUUGAGUACGGGCACCCGCAGUUAUCAGCUACUUCCAUCACGUCUGAUGGUCACAUCAUCAUCACGCUGAGCAUCACGAAUACUGGUGAAAGGGCAGGAGCAGAAACCGUACAGUUUUACGUACGAGACGAGAGCAGCCGCUUUCCGCGACCUAUCAAAGAGCUUGUAGCUUUCGAAAAGGUCUUUCUAGAGCCUAGCCAAACUGCCUCGGUCAUCGUCAACCUAGACAAAUACUCCGUUGGGUAUUAUGACGACAGCAUUUCAGAAUGGAUCGCCGAGAAGGGCACGUUUGAGGUCAUGAUUGGAGCGUCUAGCGCGGAUAUAAGGUACGUGAUCGUCUAA